AUGGACCCCAAGUCAAUCUUCACGGCGCGCCUUCUGGGCUCGCUCGUGAACGAGAUUGUGAUUGAUACAGCGCUGCAUGCGCACUCUAGCGCGAAAAAGGCGCGGCGCGUGUGCCCCCAGUGCGGAGAAAGAUGCAACAAGCAGAUUACCGCCGAAGCAGGGGUCCAUGCGAAUGGGAACAAGACAGACUACUACUCAAACAACCCGCUGUUUGAGUGCCUCGUGUGCUCGCGCCAGGUGUCGUCGAACCGGUACGCGACGCACCUUGAAAAGUGCAUGGGCAUGGGCUUGAAGACGGCACGGAAGGGAUCCGCGCGGAAUGCCAAGUCGUCGUCCAGCGCUGCCACGUCGCGCCUCUUGAACUCAACGCCUGGUCCUGACUCACCGAGCGUGCGCAGCGCUAGUCUACCAAGGAAGCGCGCCGCAUCGCCCAACGCACUCCGGCCCAGCGGCGAGGAAAAGCAGGCCAAGACGGAGCGCGUGUCGACACCGUCGAGCACGGCCCAAAAUACGCCCAAACUGGGGCUCAAUGUGCUGCCGUCGAGUCGGCAGGGCACCCCGGCGAGCACAGCGACGCCGGACGAAAACAAGCCGCUGGCCAAGCUGCAGCGCGAGGCUUCGGCCACUGCGCCUUCGUCCACAGCGGGCGACACGACCGUGCGCACCGACGAGAUGGACUCGGACGACGCCGAGUUCCCGGACGGAUUCUCCGUGUCAUCCGACUCGGACGAUUCGGGCUCGCAAGCAGGCCUCUCGGAUGCGGAGGGCGGCGCUGCGCACGACGACACGAUGGACGACGUCGAGUUCGACCUGGACGAAGUUGAAGAGGCGAGUGACAACGAGGGCGAAGUGGACAUCGAUGCAGAGCUCGAAGACUCCGAAGACAAUGACGACAACGACGAUGUAUAG